AUGGAGGACGGCUUCAAGCCGAGUCCAGCAGCGUUGCGCAGUUUGGCGGAUCAGCAGCAGGCGUACGGCAGCAGCGGCGGAAUGACGGGCUUUCCCUUCCGCACCGGCGGAGAUGCGGCGCAGACGGACAUGCUCAACCCGUUCGCCAUGGACAACGGGGGCCAGAUGGGCCACCACCUCAAGCACCACCAGGCCGGCAAUCCCCUGCACCAUCACCACCAGCAGUUUACGCACCACCACCAGCAGAACGGAUACGGGCACGCGGGUUACGGCGUGGGCAGGGACUACCACAUCCUGCGGCGUGACCACCACAUGCCCACCUUGACGGACACUUUCUCGACCCCCACCGGGGCCCUGGACUCCUCGCACAUGCUGUUUCCCAGCAUUGACCACCACCACCAAAUGAGAAUAUCCCUGCCGAACGCGGCCGACAUGUACGGUCGGGGUGUGGACAGUUUCGGGGCACAUCACCACCACCAAAUGGCGCGGACGGACCCUUUCUCAAAUCCUUAUCACCACCACCACCACCCGGCGAUCGGGCCGCACCACCCGGGCGCUGCGGGGGCGUUCUUGCGCUACAUGCGGAGCCCCAUCAAGCAGGAACUCACGUGUUUGUGGAUCGAGCCGGAUCAGCUGCCCCCCCGCAAGCCCUGUAACAAGGUGUUCGGCUCCAUGCAUGAGAUCGUGUCACAUAUCACCGUAGAGCACGUUGGGGGUCCUGAGUGCACGAACCACACGUGCAGUUGGCAGGACUGUCCGCGCAAUGGACGGCCUUUUAAGGCAAAGUACAAACUUGUCAAUCAUAUCCGGGUGCAUACGGGUGAGAAACCCUUCCCUUGCCCCUUUCCAGGGUGUGGAAAAGUGUUCGCCCGCAGUGAAAAUCUAAAAAUCCACAAAAGGACACAUACAGGUGAAAAACCUUUCAGAUGUGAAUAUGAAGGUUGUGACCGGAGGUUUGCUAACAGUUCCGAUCGCAAAAAACACUCUCAUGUCCACACCAGCGACAAGCCUUACAACUGCAAGGUCCGUGGUUGUGACAAAAGCUACACACAUCCUUCCUCUCUUCGCAAACACAUGAAAGUCCAUGGCGGUUGCGGUGGCAAAACUCCCCCGCCAGCCACCCCUGGUGCCAGUUCCUCUGGCUCCGGUUAUGACAGUGACAGUGGCACGGGUGCCGCUACUAAUCUCACCGAAUGGUAUGUGUGUCAGGCGGGCAUGCCUACGCCACCUAGCAAUGAACAUUCUCCAGUAGGUGUACCCAGCACAGUCCUACCUUCGACGACUCACCAUCCUAUUCAUCCUCCAGUCUUCUGACACGCCCUGAACACCACUCAGUGGUGAUGUUAUUAACUG